UAAAAUAAUAAAAAAUUGAAUAAAUAAAAAUUGCAGUAAACCUCAAAUUUUCCAUUUAUCAGACAAAUCCCAAAUACCAAAAUACAAAAAGCACAAAAUCUCCAUCAUCAAUCUCCAUCUACACAAAAAAAAGAAAAAUAAAUAAAAAUAAAAAUAAAAGAAAAUUCUAAGAAGUCAAGAGAGGAGUUCUACUAUCAAAAAUCACAACAUCCACAUGAUUUGCCAAAUCUUCCUCAUCGCCGCAUUCAUACACAGAUCCAACCAGCCCAAUCUGAUCUUCCAGGUACCGCUGCAGCAGCCCCACCUCCCCCUCCCCCUCCCCCUCCUCCUCCGCCCCUGCUCCGCCCUCCUCGCAGCGGCGCAGCCUCCCUCCGCUGCCUUCGGAGGAUCGCUUGGGGCUGCCGCCGCCGCGGCGGCAGAGGCGGAUACAAAGCUCCGCAGCGCAGAGGAGGGGAAAAGUCGCACAGAGGAAGGGGAGGAUGAUGGGAGAGCAGAGGAGGAGCACGAGGCAACGGCUCCGGCGGGGGCGGAGCCAGGCGAUCAGCAUGGCGGAGGUGGGCGGCAUACGGUGGUGGUAGACUACAUUUGCCUUUUGCCUCAAGCUGAGUGGGGGAGAAAAGAGGCAUAUUAUUUUAUAAUGGAGUGUCCAUGUGACUUUAUGAAUCGAUCCGCCCACCGUUGCCCCCCAGCAGCCAUGGUCUCCACCUUCAGAUCCUCCUUCCUCCUCCUCCUCCUCGUCUCUCUCUUCGCUCUACUGGCCUUCGCCUCUGAGUCCGAUCACAAGUAUCAGACAGAUGAGCAGGUGACUCUGUGGGUAAACAAAGUUGGUCCUUACAAUAAUCCACAAGAAACCUACAACUACUUCAGCCUUCCAUUUUGUCACCCUCCUGGCAAUGCAGGUCACAAGUGGGGUGGCCUUGGUGAAGUUCUGGGUGGAAAUGAGCUCAUUGAUAGCCAAAUUGAUAUGAAGUUUAAAAAAAAUGUGGAAAGGACUACUAUUUGUAUAAUUGAACUGGAUGCAGCAAAAGUUAAGCAGUUCAGAGAUGCCAUUGGGAAGUCAUAUUGGUUUGAGUUCUUCAUUGAUGAUUUGCCUUUAUGGGGUUUUAUUGGUGAGGUGCAUUCUGAUAAAAAGAAUGAUAAGAUCCAGCAUCUACUUUAUACGAACAAAAAUAUUUUUGUUAGAUAUAAUGGAGAUCAGAUUAUUCAUGUUAAUCUCACUCAAGACAGUCCUAAACCAUUGGAAGAAGGGAAAGCCUUGGACAUGACAUAUUCUGUUCAAUGGAUUCCAACAGAUGUUGCAUUUUCACGGCGUUUUGAUAUUUACCUGGACCACCCUUUCUUUGAGCACCAGAUCCAUUGGUUCUCAAUCUUCAAUUCAUUCAUGAUGGUUAUUUUCCUCACUGGAUUGGUGUCUAUGAUAUUAAUGCGAACUCUUCGAAAUGAUUAUGCCAAAUAUGCUCGGGAAGAUGAUGAUUUGGAGACUCUGGAAAGGGAUGUAAGUGAAGAGUCUGGCUGGAAACUUGUCCAUGGGGAUGUUUUUCGGUCUCCUCGCAAUAUGGUUUUAUUUUCAGCUGUUGUUGGCACUGGUGCUCAGCUGGCCAUGCUUGUUCUCCUUGUCAUCAUUUUGGCAAUUAUUGGGAUGUUGUAUAUAGGGAGAGGAGCAAUUGUCACGACUUUUAUAGUGUGUUAUGCUCUUACAUCAUUCAUUUCGGGUUAUGUGAGUGGUGGAAUGUACUCCCGCAAUGGUGGUAAAAGCUGGAUAAAGUCAAUGAUACUCACUGCAUCACUUUUCCCGUUUAUGUGCUUUGGGAUUGGUUUCAUCUUGAACACAAUUGCUAUAUUCUAUGGAUCUCUAGCUGCAAUUCCCUUUGGUACAAUGGUAGUUGUUUUUGUCAUUUGGGCUUUCAUCUCCUUCCCUCUGGCACUUCUUGGUACUGUAGUUGGAAGAAACUGGAGUGGUGCUCCAAACAAUCCCUGCCGCGUAAAGACCAUUCCUCGUCCAAUUCCAGAGAAGAAAUGGUAUCUCACACCAUCUGUAGUCUCUCUCAUGGGAGGACUGCUUCCUUUUGGGAGUAUUUUCAUUGAGAUGUAUUUUGUCUUCACAUCCUUCUGGAAUUAUAAGGUAUAUUAUGUAUAUGGCUUUAUGUUGCUUGUUUUCAUGAUUCUUAUGAUUGUUACAGUCUGUGUAACAAUUGUGGGGACAUAUUUCUUGUUGAAUGCUGAGAACUAUCACUGGCAAUGGACUUCAUUCUUCUCUGCUGCUUCCACUGCCUUCUAUGUGUAUUUCUACUCUAUAUAUUACUAUUAUAUGAAGACCAAGAUGUCAGGCUUCUUCCAAACCAGCUUUUAUUUUGGUUACACUCUCAUGUUAUGCCUUGGUUUGGGGAUACUGUGUGGAGCUGUUGGGUUUUUGGGCUCCAAUUUGUUCGUAAGGAGGAUCUACCGAAACAUCAAAUGUGACUAGUGAUUUGUCCAAAGGCCAUUUUGAUAGGAUAAUGCUUGCUGGGGUCUGAAUUUUGGUGACAAAAACUUCUUGAGAGGAAAGCAAGAGAUCAGAUAAUGGACUCCAGAAAGCGGCCUUUUAUGACAUUUGAUACCACAACCACUGCACAUCACAGAUUUGAGAGAUGUGUAUUCUUUUUGUUCUUUUGUUGUUUUCUUUUCUCCCUUUUUUCUCAGAACAUGGUGCCUUUCGGAUUUGUAUUGGAUUCCAGAGAUCAUGUUCAUAAUCCACCAAGCAACUCGCCAUACGUUUUUCUCUUCCAUUGUUUUGUACUACUCAUUAGGCAAUGACCUCUUUUGAACUCUCUCUCUCUCUCUCUCUCUCAUUUUAUAUAUGUAAUCAAAUUGGUGUUAUCACGUCACCCUGUGUGUGGAUGCCUCUAUGUGUAAUGCAAGGCCAACUUAAAAAGGAUCCAUAUCCAUAUCUGGUAAUAAAUCAAAUAAUGACAUCAUUGACAUUUUAUGUAUGUAA